ACCGAGGUGGAGAAUCAAGUGGGUGGUGUGUUGACGAGUUUUCUCUUACAUUUUUCUUGACUUCUAGGUCUCCGAUUGGAGACCAACAUUUAGAUGAAUAUUUACAGUGAAUUCCAUAGAUGAUUCUGUUAAUUUUUCAACAUCUCAAGAUUUCAUGCUGACAGAACAUCUGGGAGAAGAAGCAGCUUUAUUUUCAUUUCCAUUUUGCAAUUUUUUGUCAGGUCUUUCAGUGAUGAUGUCCACCAGCUGCUGUGGGACAAAGAAGCAGAAGAUGAAUUCGGGAAUGGCCUGUAACGGCUACCAUGAAAACCGCUCGGCAGUCACCAAGGAAAUGUGUGUCUACUGCUUCGAUGUCCUUUACGCUUCUCUGCACAAUGACUCGCCCCCGACGCCGAACUUCCCAAAUGACUCUUAUCCGCUGUUCGUGACGUGGCAGAUCGGUCGCGACCGACGCCUGCGGGGCUGUAUCGGCACCUUCGACUCGAUGGACCUUCAUACCGGCCUCAAGGAUUACGCUCUCACUAGCGCGUUUCGAGACCGUCGGUUCCAGCCGAUCACCCGCGACGAGAUGCCGCGCCUGCACCUGAACGUGUCGCUGCUGACCAACUUUGAGCCGGCGCGCGAUUACCGAGACUGGGAGCUGGGCAAGCACGGCAUUCGGAUAGAGUUUGUGUGCGCCGGCCGACGGCGCACCUCCACCUACCUGCCGGAGGUGGCGCCCGAUCAGGGCUGGGACCACGUGCGCACCAUCGACUCCCUGCUGAACAAGGGCGGCUGGAGGGGCGCCAUCACGGAGGAGGUGCGACAGAGCAUCAAACUCACCCGCUACCAGAGCUGCAAGCUCGGCAUGGGAUACGAUGAAUACAUCGAGAUAGUGUCUCAACGUCGUCCCAACUAGCAGGCGUGCGCUGGGUGGCGCGCGGGGCCGCCCGCCGCUCCGGUGCCGCCCAGCCCGUGCCGACCGGCCGCAGAUCUCCACAGGGCGCCGCCGUGGCCCGCGCCCGCGCCGGGGCCCUCGCGAGACAUUGGGCCGCCGCCGGAGCCGGGCCAGGGACCGUCUCCGGGGCCGGCCCGGCGCUGGUCGGAGUGGCGCGCGGCGGCCGGCGGCGCCGGCAGGUGGCCGCGGACGGGCGGCCCGGCCGCGCACCGCCACCCGGCGCACAGGAGGGCUCGCACCGCACACCGCGACACGCGCAGCGCAGGCGGUCGGUGGCGCGCGCCCGAUGCUUAGCUAAGUACAACGUCUCAGUUGGCUGCUGGUGUGAGAGCGAGUAGAGCGACCGCGAUAGGAUAAGCCGGCGUCCGGUGGUGUCAGCUUCAGCCGUUGUGUGGUUUCCCAUAUUAACUGUUAGAGCUAGCGCCGCCGCAGCUUCCACUGCCAGUGAAGCGGGCGCAUAUCCAAUGUCCAAACAGUGAUCAAGUUAUCUGGCAUUAGACUGGGAUUUGGCAGCCUGGCUGACAGGUUUGGCAAGGCAGUUUUCAGGCUUUUAGAAAAUUAAACUGUUAACGAAAUACGAUGUUACACAUUUCUUGCUUGCAAAUUAAAAUGUUAUGGUUCUGUAGCCCAAAUUUCGUCAGCGAGCAUUUGCACUUCUUCAUAUUUUGGGACGAUUUUAGCAUAGUUGCCGGCUGAGAGCGUGUCUGUUUAUUUGAGCCUGAUGAUUGUAUGUCUAUCGAAGAAGCAAGGUACCGUAGUAGACACGCAUGAUCUGGUUUUAUGGCGUACUUUUACCGCGUUGCUUUCACGAUCGUCCGGCAGUCCUUUAGUAUCGUGUUGCCGUGAAUAGAAUAGUUUGGACCUGUCGGGGACCAAAGGAUUUCAGCUGUUAGUUCAGUACUUAAUGAGACAAUAACUCUUGAGUAGCUUCUCGCUUGUGUUCUUUUACGUACGGACUUCCGAAAUGCUCGUUGUACAACAAGUUCGGUCUUUACUUUUAUCGUUUCCAAGUUUUCUUCGGAAUCGACGUGCAUGAGACUGUGGAUACCUCAACUGGACGAGAACGAACAAGGGCGCGCCGGGAGCAGAGUGAGUUUGAACUCCCGACUUCGUCGAUAUAUGUGUGUAUGUGUUCAGUCCCCUUCGCAGACCCGCCUGGUCCAUGCGUCGCCUGUCGUGUUCGUCCGAAGGGUGCGUCAGGUGCGUGUUUCGCGCAUUUUCUCUGCCUUCGUGCGCGAGCGUGCAGAGCGAUGUUAGCCGGGCAGCAAGAGUGCGAUUCGUGCAGCGAUGAAGCGCCGAGUAGUGUGGCACGUGCGCCGAAACUGUCCCGGCAGCAGCGCCGUCGGCGGGUGUUUGUGUAUUCCACACACUCACUGCCUUUGUGCAUGGUGAUUAUGUAUGUGUUAUCAUGUAGACCUCACGUAAAAUUAUGUGCGAAAAUAAAACGCUAGAAAA